AGAGUACAUCAGCUCUGCCGUUCUUUCUCUCUCCCUCUCCCGCUCUCUUUUAUUAUUUAUUUUUUCCUUUAUCCUCUCAGCUAGCUUCUAAAACAUGAUGUACAAAACGACACAACGGCAUAUCGACUCUUCACUUGAGUCGAUUGAUCGACAUUACCUUGACCGGAUGGUUCUCGCGGACCUUGUCCAGUUCUGUCAAGACCGAGGACUUUCCACUGAAGGAACCAAAGUUGACCUAAUCGAAGGGCUUUUGCACUGGAAAGAAGAUACACGACCGAUCCCUGCGCCAUCUACCCCACAGCUAUUUGACGAUGAACUACCCGUGUCGUCACUGACAGCUGAGCAGCAACGACUAGAGCUAAACUCUCGCGAGUUCUCGGCGUUGUUUUUGGACGGAAGUCAUGGGCUUGAUAUUCCGUAUCACGAGCUGCAAAUUGGUCGGCGUUUAGGCUGUGGAGGGUUCAAGGACUGUUAUGCGGGCAUGUACAAAGGGGAGCCGGUGGCCAUUGGAGAACUGCGUCUGGCGCAGUUCAAUGAGAUGGACCUGCAGGAGAUCAAGCAUGAAAUUCAAGUACUAAAACAGCUGCGGCAUGAAAACGUGAUACGAUUCAUUGGUGUAUGCACGAAUCCACAGCAUCUGUGCAUCAUUACCGAGUUGUGUACAAAAGGGGAUCUGUUUGACGUGAUCAGAAAGUACAAAAAGCCGAGCUUUGCGCAGCAGGUCAUGUACAUGUACGAUAUUGCUCUAGGUGUAUCCUAUCUACACCAACGCCGACCAUCGAUCAUCCACCGUGACUUGAAGUCGAUGAACAUCUUGAUUUCGGGAGAUGACCGUGCCAAGGUAAAUGACUUUGGACUGGCUCGUAUACGACCCAAAUCCAAUGCCUUGAUGCAUACUCAAUGCGGCACUCCAAACUGGCAAGCCCCAGAAUUUUGGUCACAAAACCCAAGUUACACCGAGAAGGUCGACGUUUACGCGUGCGGUCUUAUAUUUUGGGAAAUUCUGACCUGGAAUGAUUACGGAUAUCCAUACCAAGAUCUGUCCGAGCACCAGCUUUAUGUCAAAGUUAGGGACCAGGAUGCUCGGCCACCGCUCGCUAAGCUCAUUAACUAUUAUCCACGCAACUUAUUGGUACUAAUUACCGAGAUGUGGGAAGGCGACUCGCGGCUGCGACCGUCCAUGACCCAUGUAGUGGAGCGUCUAUCCACAUACUUGAACUGAAAUUCAAGCAAAAACAAAUCAAGAAAAGCAUCAGGAAGAAAGGAGAAGAGUUAUCUUUGUGACUUUUUAUAUACCUGAGAAAUGAUUACUGCAUACUGUUUCUUUUCCAACAUCCAAGUCCACAUACAGACAACAUAAAAUAUAUC